CCAACAGACACUAAGAAAUUGUGUUCUGAAUUCUGAACUUGUCAUCUCUUGUCUUUGAGAGACUAUUAACAAGAAUGCAUUCCAAAAAUUUAAUUCCAAUCCUAUCUCUUAAUAUUUCAUACAUUUUAUUUUAUAUUUGUACAGUUUGGAGUGUUAAACAGUUCACACUCACACAUGAGAAACUAUGCCACUUGUUACAUAUUGAUUCCUUGAUUCAUAACCAACUUAAUGUCAUACAUCACAAUACUUAAUUUAAUUAAUUUUAAUGAAUUAAGUAUUGUAUGUUAAUAUAAUUGUAACUAUAAACUAAAGAAUGUGUACAUUCUUACUGUUGAUGACUAUCAUUAGUGCCAUAUAACUGGUAUUGUCCCAACACCUAUUCAUACUUAUCAUCAGUGGAGGAUUGAGGAUAUUGCUAUAUAUUUUACAAAUCAAAUUGAGACUACUAUGAUAUCAAUAUUGUGAAUCUCCAUAAUUAAAAUGACCAUUUUUUAGCUAAUGCAUAAUAUUUUUCAUUACAGGUGUCUCUAUCAUCACUGGCAAAGAGGCGGAAAUGCCUCCAACAAUUGCACUGUAGCUAAACAACUUGGAGCUCCCUGUGAAUAUUUUGGAACAAUGAGUAAUGAUCUCGGUGGCCGUUUUUUACAGAAUGAUUUGGACAGUCACGCAAUUUGCAGAGAUAACUGUGUUUUCUAUGACGACUGUGAUUCUCCCAUUUCUACUGUCAUCAUAAAUGUCAACAAUGGAUCAAGGACAAUCCUCCACUCUAACAGAAAUUUACCGGAACCCACGUUCGAACAGUUUGCAAAGUUGGACCUGACAAAAUACAAAUGGGUUCACUUCGAAGGAAGAAAUGUGACGGAGGUUAAAAAAAUGAUUGAAUACAUAAAAAAAUGGAAUCUGGAUCAUGUCAGUCAAAGAAUUCCAGUAUCUGUGGAACUAGAGAAACCUAAACAGUGUCUGGAAGAGUUAUUGAUGUAUGGUGACUUUUUGUUCAUAGGAAAAGAUUUUGCGCGGAUGCAUGGUUAUGACUCAAUGGAAGAGACAGUUAAACAGCUUGGAGAUGACAUUAAAUCGGGGGUUGCAAUUAUUUGUGCUUGGGGUGAAAUGGGUGCAAGCAUCAGAAAUGUCGAUGGAUCUAUCUCUGUCUUUCCAGCAAACAAACCAGAAAAAGUGAUUGAUACGCUUGGUGCAGGAGACACAUUUGUCGCAGCCACGAUAUCAAUGCUGAGUUCGGAACAGAAACCAGAAGAAGCAGUAAGAUUUGGCUGUCGGGUGGCUGGAUUUAAAUGUGGACGGCACGGAUUUGAAGAACUGAGUUCACUACUUGAAAAAUAAAGGUACACAAUGUUUUGAAAUUCUCAGUACAGACUAUGAUUUAUCAGAGAAGAGAGCAUAAAUUUAACAUUUUGCUGUGUAGAUUCAAAAUAAUGUAUUCCAACUACUGAAUUGGUAGAAUAUUCCAUAUUUUGUAUAAUUAGAUAAUUUGAUUAAAGAAAUAUAAUAUUUGUAUAAAA